UAGAGACAGAUAGAUCUUAUGUGCUGUUGCCUGCAUAGAUUCAGUUGUGUUCAUGCAUUUAAAUGAAAUGCAAAACACUUUCACUGCGUGCAUUUUUGAAUUGUAAUUCCCCUCUGUCAGAUUUCUUAAAGGACUAUUUUCAGUGCACUUUUUUUUUCAACUGGAUGCACUAGAAGAUAUAGCAGGUAGAUUUCUUCUACAAGCUAAAUGAUUUUUCCUGCAGGAUGGAAUGAGUUGGCAGCGUUGUACUGUAGCAGCUUGUCUGGCAGUGGCAGACGAAACCUCCUGCUUCUAUAGAGUUCUUGGACUUUACAUCUCGGGUCACUGGAUUUUCCGGUCCUCUGGAAUGCCAAACAUCAAAACCUAAAGUGACAAAGGGGGACCAAGGUACACUGCCAUCUCCAAUCAUGGACAAGUGCUUGGCAAAGCAGAGCUGCAGUAAUCAAACCAGCUUUCCUGACUGACCAGGUGGCGACGUUGAUCCUCUCUCUGAUAUGACACUGCUGACCAUUUUCGAGAAGAAGAAAAAAUAAUGCUCAGAGUACUGUGGCACUCUCUGCCUCUGUAGAAAUAUAUAAAUAUUUACAUCUUGCAAAUCCCAGCCAGGGGUUUAGCAUCUCGGCUUUCCGCUGCCCAAUUACAUCAAGGCUUGUCACGUUUCUGCUCAGAUAAGGAUCUGGUAUAAUUGAUGGAAAUGUCUUCAGAAAGUUUACAUUGCUGAUUAGGGAAUACAAAUAUGAAGGUGGAAGCAAGUGGAAGUUUUUCCAGAAUUCAAUCUGAUCACACCCACAGGAAGACCCACGUGUAUUAGCAGAAUCGAAGCCUUUUCAAGCUGGACCUUUGAAUGAAGGAGCCUAUACUUGGUGGCGUGGUAGGCAAUGCCCGGUUCCACUGUAAUGGCCAUUGGAGCGCUCUCUAGUUCACUUCUUGUAACAUGUUGCCUGAUGCUUGUCCUCUCCAGCCCAACUAUUUAUGUAGAAAAUCUUACAAAGGCACAGGAUCAGGAGGAAUGGAAAUCUAGCCAAACGAAAAGAGACAACGAAGGACGUGAAGCUCAAGGAGAGACAAGGUUUGUAAAAAAUUAUGAGAAUAAAUUAGAGGGAGAUGAAACAAUUAGAGACUGGAAAAGCAAAAUAAACAGAAAUGUUACCAACAAGGAUUUUGUAACUAGGCAAAAACAAUCAUUAGGCACCAAAAGCCUAAGUAUCAAUUCUCAGAUCAUACCAACACAAGUACAAUCAGAUGGUGUAGAGGAUGAACGUCUUGAGGACAUUCCAGAUGUUGUUGCAACCCAAGAAACUGCAGAGGAAUAUGUGUAUCCAGACUAUCGGGGAAAGGGCUGUGUUGAUGAGAGUGGGUUUGUGUAUGCUAUUGGGGAGAAAUUUUCACCGGGGCCUUCAACUUGUCCUUGCCUUUGCACUGAGGAGGGACCUCUUUGUAUUCAGCCAGAGUGUCCUAAGCUUCACCCAAGGUGCAUUCAAGUGGAUACAAGCCAGUGCUGCCCACAGUGCAAGGAAAGGAAGAAUUACUGUGAUUUUCGAGGAAAAACAUAUCAGUCCUUGGAAGAAUUUAUGGUAUCUCCCUGUGAGAAGUGUCGCUGCGACGCCAACGGCGAAGUAAUGUGUACGGUGUCAGCGUGUCCUCAGACGGAGUGCGUGGAUCCUGUGUAUGAGCCAGAGCAGUGCUGUCCUAUCUGCAAAAAUGGACCAAACUGUUUUGCUGAGGCUAUUGUAAUUCCAGCGGGACGGGAAGUAAAGACAGAUGAUUGCACUAUAUGCCACUGUACCUAUGAAGAAGGCACCUGGAGAAUUGAGCGGCAAGCCUUGUGCACUAGACAUGAAUGCAAACAGAUAUAAUAAAGAACUUUUUAAGUAAAAAAAGAGAAACCUCAUCUCGAGGGCCUUUUGGCAAUGGACAAUGACAUUAGGAUAAUUAGGUCUGCUAUGGGAAAUAUCUGCUUCUUUUUUCAUAAAUUGUAAAAUAUCAGGAUUUUGCAGAAAUUAAAAUAUAGAUUUCUCUCUGGAUAAAUGUGUAUUUUUCACAUUAAGUACUUAACGACACUAAAUAAUCUGUGUAUAUCUAAACAUCCCUAAAAAUCAUGAUGAUAAUAAAUGUUUUAUAUAGAU